AUGUCGUCAGAGGGCAUCGUGACACUUUGUCUCUUCUCUAACAGCGAACCACAAAGCCAAGCGAAUCGGAAGAUGUCUUUCCUCUCCCCGGAAGAGUUCGUUCGUGCCCACCAUGGACAGCGAUGCAUCAAACGGAUCCUAGUGGCAAACAACGGUAUUGCCGCAGUGAAGUGCAUGCGCUCCAUUCGCAGCUGGGCCUAUAUGACCUUCCGCAAUGCAGAAGCCUUCUUCUUCGUCUGCAUGGCCUCGCCCGAAGAUGUUCAUGCCAGUGCGGAGUAUAUCAAGAUGGCCAAUAAGAUGGUCAUGGUACCCGGUGGAUCAAACGUCAACAACUACGCCAAUGUCGAACUCAUCCUCCAAACGGCUAUCACUAACCAUGUCGAUGCUGUCUGGGCUGGCUGGGGACAUGCCUCGGAGAACCCUCAACUCCCCGAAGUCCUUGCUAAACACAAUAUUGCCUUUCUAGGUCCUUCGCACGAGGCUAUGUGGGCUCUUGGUGACAAAAUUGCUUCGACCAUCCUUGCCCAAAGCGCUGGUAUUCCAACUGUUCCGUGGAACAUCAUUGUGAACAUCGAAAACCUGGAGAAGCCAGCGUUAACAGAGCCAACGAUGACGGCAGGGCCACCCAAUUUGUUAUUGGUAUCACAGGUCAUCUCGGCAAACAACUUUGAGAACGCCUGCGUGAAGACGGCGGAGCAGUGCCAAACGGUGGCUGAUCGCAUUGGCUACCCAGUGAUGAUCAAGGCCUCGGAGGGUGGUGGUGGGAAGGGUAUUCGACGUGUUAGUCGUGCUGAGGAUGUUGCUGCACUCUUCAAUCAGGUGCAAAGCGAGGUUCCGGAGUCACCGAUCUUCGUGAUGAAGUGCGUGGAACAGGUGCGCCACUUGGAGGUGCAGCUGCUGGCUGACCAAUAUGGCGAGGCCAUCAGUCUUUACGGGCGUGACUGCUCUGUCCAACGACGCCAUCAAAAGAUCCUCGAGGAGGCGCCCUGUGUGGUCGCCCCCAAGGCCGACGCCAUUCAUCUAGCAAAACUUGUGGGUUAUAGCAGUGCUGGCACAGUGGAGUACCUUUACAAUCCCGAAACUCAGGAGUACUUCUUCCUGGAACUUAAUCCCCGUCUUCAAGUGGAGCAUCCUUGCACAGAGGUCAUCUCCGGCAUCGCAAUGGGCCUGCCGUUGAUCCAGAUCAAGUAUAUUCGCCAGUUAUUUGGCCUCUCUCAAUCCUCUGACUACUCCAUGUCGCUCAGCAACAACCUUCACCUCCGCAACCCACCAUCCUCACACGUCAUCGCGGUGCGUAUCACCAGCGAGGAUCCUGACGAGGGCUUUAAGCCGCACUCCGGAGACGUCUUUGAGCUCAACUUCAAGAGCAGUCGGUCUGUGUGGGGGUACUUCAGUGUCGGCACUGUGGGUGGGAUCCAUGAAUUCGCUGACUCUCAGUUUGGGCAUUGCUUUUCUGCCGAGGCCUCGCGGGAGGAAGCCAGGGAGAACAUGGUACUUGCAUUGCGAGAACUCCUGAUUCGCGGUGAUUUUCGAACCACGGUGGAGUACCUCAUCAAGAUCCUUGAAUCAGAUGCCUAUACUCGCAAUGAAAUUGAUACCGCGUGGCUUGACCGUCUUAUUGCUCAAAAGGAUCGACCCGACAAACCGGAUGUGCUGUUGGGGGUGAUGUGUACUGCCCUUCACAUUGGCUACAAUGCUCUCGAAAAGGCCAACAAGACAUUUCACGCUCAUGUUGAAAGAGGUCAGUUCAUCCCCACUAACGAGUUGAGCAACAUUGUGGACGUCACUCUGAUCGCAGACGGCAUCAAGUAUGUUCUGCAGGUUAUCCGCACAGGUAAGACAUCAUUCCACCUAAUAACCAACGGCGGUCUCCAAUCGGUUGAGCUGCUUCGAAUGUCCGGUGACGGUCUGCUAAUCAACCACGAGUCUUCCUCCUACAUGACCUACUGUCAAGAGGAUGCGCAGGGCUAUCGCACCGUUAUUGACAACCGUACUGUGGUCUUCUCAAAGGAAUGUGAUCCGUCUAUCCUGCGGUCGCCAUCCACAGGGAAACUGGUGCAGUACAUCGUCGGCGACGGAUGCCACGUCUUCGAGAACGAGGUCUAUGCCUUGGUUGAGGUGAUGAAGUUGGUGCUAGAACUGCGGACUCCGGCCUCCGGUGUGCUCUUUCACCUUCGUAGUGUUGGUGCCAUCCUUGAGACCGGAGCACCCAUUGGAAGACUCCAGCUGGACGAUCCACAACAGUGUCAGAAUCUCGAACUCUUCACUGGCCAGUUGAUUCCAGUGCACGCCACUGAAGGGGCGGCAGACACUUAUAGCUCGUCGGACUUCAUGGUGCCCUCGAUAAGUUCGCUCUCGUACGGCCCAUUCAGUGAUGAGGGCGUCUUUUCUGGCUUCGACGCCACCACUUCCCUCGUCUCCGCAUCCCCUCAGUCUCACGGCUUCGCCGCUACCACUGGUUCUGCCGUCCAUCGCACCUUCACUCGAUGUUUGCGCGAACUGGAGGAGGCUCUUUUAGGCUACGUUCUCCCUGAACCCUUUUUCUCCGACUGGCUCAAGCCUAAGUUGGAUGAACUGUUUCAAUGUCUCCGCGACCCUAAUCUGCCUCUAUUUGAACUGGAAGAUUUGAUCGCCCAGCUCUCGGGCCGCCUCCCUAUUGCCGUGGAGCAAUCACUACGCUCCAUCGCCGCAUCCUACUCCAAUCAACUCACCUCAGUACUCACAAACUUCCCAUCAGAGCGUAUCCUCCGCGUGAUCGAGGCGGGUGCACCGAAACGCCCUGCUGUCACCGACGCCUCCAUCGCCGCCUACAAAGAACUCACCUCGCGUCUGGUUGAUCUCGCGCGACGCUUCGAGGGUGGUGUCCGGGGCCACGCUUCUCUUGUCCUUGUCAACCUUCUGGCUGCCUAUGUGGCUGUGGAACAGCACUACCAGCAUGGUCAGUAUGAUCGUUGCGUCACACUGUUAUUCGCUCGCCAGAAGGAAUCUGCGGGUGGUAGUUCUAGUAGCGGUGGUAGUGGUGGGAGCAGUGACAUCGCCUCCGCCCCUGACUCGUUAACGCGCUUCUCGGGUUGCGCUCGACUAUCCGAAUGGGUUCAAUGCCUGGUGGAUCCCACCUCGGUAGACGAUGUGGUGGCAGUGCACUUUUCACAUCACCAAUUGGCAGCCAAAAAUGCCCUUGUCUGUGGCCUUAUUGAACGCAGCGCUCGUCUGCGCGAAGAGCUGCUUCCCCGUCUCAGUAGCGACCUCUUCGACUCACUCACCGCGCUCACGCAACUCGGACAAGCGGAGAAUGCUAAAGUCGCGCUUACGGCUCGAAAAUUCCUCAUUUCUGCGCAGUCACCGCCCUACGAGCUGAGGCGAAACCAGGUUGAAUCGAUAAUCCUCUCGGCAAUCAGCACUUUCGGGGACAGCAACACCACGACGGAGACCCUACAGCGUCUCAUCACCUCUGAGACUUCGGUAUUUGACGUGUUGCUGGAGUUCUUCUACCACCAGAAGCCUGCUGUGGUGAUUGCAGCGCUGGAGGUAUACGUGCGUCGGGCCUACAUUACUUACGAGCUGACCGGCCUUCAGCACGCCCUCAUCACCCCGUCCAGCGAUAAGGCCACUAGUGCUCAUGCCAUUUUUUUCCGUUUCCUUCUGCCCAACGCAUCUAUGCAAAUAAAAAUUUGGAAGCGUGCAAUGAACGCCCAGAGCAGUCAGGUCCCCCUUCGCCACUCCAUCGAGUCGGCUUCCCCUCCCCACUACUACCUCGGCGCCGACGAAGACACUGACAAUGACCUCUUCGAGCCCUCCGCUGAGGAAUACGUGGAUGACGAUGCUCCCACUACCACCAGUAAGCAGUUCCCUCUCAAUGCAAACUGCUGGUUCAUCCCCGAGACCCAGGCCCCCGACUGCAUUCGCUCCUCCACGGAAGUUUCCCACCAAACAGCCUCCACGGGGUCUAACGGAGUUCAGAGGACUUUUUCGGUAUCUGUUAUCCCCUCUCAGGUCGCCACUGCAUCCAGUGAGGAUAUACGAAUGCAAGAGAUGCAGAGUAGGGAGCGUCUUGGUGCCAUUGUGGUGUUCAAUUCCUUUGAGGAACUGAAAACAUAUUUUCCCACCUUCCUCUUCCGCUUUGAGCAGAAGCAGAAGGCGAUGCUGAUGGAGAGACGGGCUGGGGGUCGACGUCAGGGCAGUUUUCCGUCGAGUCUUUCCUGCAGAAAUAGCGUUGUAACUUUCCAGGAUCCACCUUUCCAGACUGCGAGCAAUGACGAGGAACCAGUGAAUGUGAUGAACGUCGGCCUCCGCUGGUCACCCGAGGGUCAGGAAGAGUCCGGUGAGGAGGCGACGGUGCGAAUGUUGGAGGCCUUCUGUCAGGAACAGUGCGGUCACCUCAAAUCUGUUGCUGUUCGUCGCAUCACCUUUAUGCUCAUUACGUUGGGCAAAUAUCCACUAUUCUUCAAUUUCCGUGCACGGGACAACUUCAAGGAGGACAGGGUGUAUCGAAACCUGGAGCCCGCUCUAGCCUUCCAGAUGGAAAUUAAUCGGCUGCAGAACUACGAUCUCGAACCCAUUCCAGUAUUGAACCGACGGAUGCAAAUGUAUAUUGGAAAGGCCAAGGUACCUCAGGGUCAGGGCGCGGUGGACUUCCGUUUCUUCGUACGUAGCGUAAUCCGCCACGCGGAUCUCGUCUCCAAGGCAUCAUCCUUUGAAUACCUGCGCUCGGAGGCGGAGCGCACCCUAUUAGAGGCCAUGGACGCCCUUGAGAUGGCCUUCUCUCAUCCCAAGGCCAACCUCACCACGGGCAAUCACAUCUUUCUUAACUUUGCACCAACCCUUCUGUUGGAGGAUAUUGCCCUGUUGCAGAGUACUGUAAGAAGCACUAUUCUGCGCUACGCCACGCGGCUCAUCAAAUUGCGGGUCAAACAGGCCGAGUUGAAGCUGCUGAUCCGCCACAGUAAGAACGGCCCGCGCAUCCCCAUCCGCCUGAUCAUCUCCAACGAGCAGGGCUACAGCCUGGUAUUGGAGUUGUACCGUGAGGUACCCAAUCCUCGCACCGGUGCCAUACAUCUCGUCUCCUUUGGCCCCCGUAUCGGCUCGCUUCAUGGCUGUCUCGCAAAUGCUCCUCAUCAGACCAAAGACUUUCUCCAGAUCAAGCGAUUCCAGGCGCAGAAGUACAGUUCGACGUAUGUCUACGACUACCCCGUGGUGUUUGGCCAAGUCCUGAACGAGAUGUGGAACUCCCUUGGUGGCCGUCCGAUGGCUGCUGCAGCUGCAGCCAAGUCCAAUGAGCCAGAUAAGUCUGGUCGUGAUGCGGACAGCAGCAGUCACCUUUUGGAGUGCAAGGAGCUCUGUCUCAAUUCAGCUGGUGAGCUUGUCCACGUAGACCGGCCACCCUGCUUGAACAAGAUCGGCAUGGUGGUAUGGUACAUUGUGAUGCGCACUCCAGAGUACCCCGAAGGCCGACCCCUCAUCGUCAUUGCCAACGACGUGACGCACAACGCAGGCUCCUUCGGACCUUGUGAAGACCUUGUCUUCUACCGAGCUAGUGAGCUGGCACGACGUCUGGGCAUUCCACGCAUCUUUCUCGCCGCCAAUACCGGUGCUCGCAUCCGUCUUGCUGAGGAGGUUAAGGCCGUCUUCAGGAUUGCUUGGGCCGAUGAGAAACAUCCGCAGAUGGGUUUCAACUACCUCUACUUGACCCCGGAGGACUACGAAAAGCUGAAAAAGAUAAACUCUGUCAACUGCGAGAGGGUAAUGGAGAAUGGAGAGGAGCGCUACAAGAUAGUUGACAUAAUCGGUAAGGAUUUCGACAUCUCCGUGGAGAAUUUGCGCGGCUCCGCCUUAAUCGCGGAGGAGACGGCGCGAGCCUACGAGGAGUGUUUCACUCUCAGUGUCGUCACUAGCCGCACAAUUGGUAUUGGCGCCUACCUCGUGCGUCUGGGGCAGCGGGUCAUUCAGAUCGAGAAUUCGCAUAUCAUCCUUACAGGCGCAAUGGCACUAAACAAACUGCUCGGUCGGCAGGUCUACACGGGUAACGGCCAGUUAGGUGGGGUGCAGGUAAUGGCCAACAACGGAGUGUGCCAUCUUGUGGUGCCCGAUGAAUACUUGGCGCUUCAGCAGGUGGUUCACUGGCUCUCCUUCGUGCCCAUCAGCCGGGGCGCUCGACUGCCGGUGUUUCGCAGUCCCCCAGCUGAUCCCAUCGAUAGACCGGUGGAGUACGUGCCCUCGCGUGAGAGAACUAAUGAUGAUCCCCGGUGGAUGUUUACUGGAGUCAUGAGUGGUCAGCUGCAAUCAUCCUCCACGUCAAAAUCGGCAACAACAAAGUCAUCGGAUUCAGCCGCAUUACCGGUCAGCCGAAUGGAUCAGACCUGGCUCUCGGGCUUCUUCGACCGCGGCACCUGGCAAGAGGCAUUGAGUGCGUGGGCACCGGGAGUGAUUGUGGGACGUGCGCGCCUCGGCGGUAUCCCCUGUGGAGUGGUGACCCCAGAGACUCGUGUCUCCGUGUGUCGGGUGCCUGCAGACCCAGCCAAUCCCGCCUCGGAGGUACAGACCAUCAAUCAGGCCGGGCAGGUUUGGUAUCCAGAUUCCUCCUAUAAGACUGCGCAAGCGAUUGCCGACUUUGCGCGAGAGGAACUGCCCCUUUUUAUAUUCGCCAAUUGGCGCGGAUUCUCCGGGGGACUGAAGGACAUGUAUGAUCAGGUGCUAAAGUUCGGUGCAAUGAUAGUGGAAUCUCUCCGUACCUAUCCCAAUCCCGUCUUCAUCUAUUUGCCACCACAUGCGGAGCUGCGUGGCGGUGCCUGGGUGGUCAUCGAUCCCGCCAUUAAUCCCGACCACAUGGAGUUCUUUUGCACACCGCGCACCUGCCGUGGUGGUGUGAUCGAGCCCGAGGGCACCGUGGAGAUUAAGUACCGUGCUGCAGAUCUUCUCGCUACCAUGAACCGCCUUGAUGAACUAUGCACCCAUCUCAUCGCCGAAGUGGCCGCGGCCAAGGCCGCCUCGCCGCAGUCAUUUACGGUGGUGAAGGAACUACAGGAUCGUUUGAAACAGCGUCAGGAACACCUCAUGCCCAUAUAUCAACAAGUCUCUCACCACUUUGCAGAUCUGCAUGAUACACCAGGUCGAUUGGUGACGCGCGGACUGGUGCACGGGAGCGUGGAGUGGGGCUCUAGUCGGGCCUUCUUUUUUGCUCGCCUUGCCCGACGUAUACUGGAGCAGGAAGCGGUAGAGCGAUUGUGGCGCGCGCACAACCCUACUCUCUCCAUUCGGUCGAAGACGGGCUUUGCACAGGGCCUUUGCGAGUCUCUUCAACCCUCUGAGGAAUUCUUGGCUAACGCUGAACGACCUCAGUUCACCUUACCAACAGUGUACGAGAAACCCAGUGGCACGACUUUUGCUGGUGCUUCUGCUGCAAGCAGUGGUGGUUCCACUGCGACAAGGGGCGAAACGGAGCCUCUCCUUACCACGGCAGAACGUGCCUGUCAGCUGAUUGCCGAGAUUGGCGCGCGAAGAGGCGUCCCCAUCCGGCAAGCACUGACUCACCUUCGGCAGUGGUUCUUGGAAGACACACGAAGUGGAGCGAAGACGACCACCAUUUCUGAAGGGGGAAGCGGAAAAACAGCGGAGGAAGCAGUGGAGGCAGGAGAGUUGACGUGGGAACAGUGCGAUGUCACAGUGGCUCGCUGGUUGGCAGGCCAGUUAGGUGAUACACGUAUGGCGGAGGCGUUGCAGGGUCUUCGUGACCUCCACUUCGAUCCAUCGACGGCAGUGUGGGGCAUGACAGAGCAGGUAGUGGAGGAAGAGGUGACAGAGGAUUCCACUGCCGUUCCCUCCUCAACUCUCUCCUUCUUGCCACGACUAGCGGGUAUCGCGAAGGAACAGCUUGUCAGUCACAUUACUCGGCUACUGGAUCAAUAUCCCGGCUGCAUCGACGAUGCACUGGAUUGCAUUCAGACCCUUCGCAGUACUCACUUCGCCUCAUCUUCAACUCUUGUGGACUCCCAGGUCUCAUCCUUCAGCACCACCACUGCUGAUGGGAUAUGCAUUAAUGGGGAGGAGGUGGUACUUCCGCGCAAAAUUAUAAAUUGGAGUGGAGAAUACCCCAACCGCAAGAGGAAGAUGGAACUACUUUGUUAUUGCAAUUGGGGGAAUAGUCCACUUGCCGGAUUUGCUCAUCUAACAAGCUCAAAAUUUUUGAAGAUGUCGCAGCGGAGAAGUACGUGUCAACUCAGGCUCACCUACGUCGAAAACGUUGAUUUCCAAUCGGGAGAGGCAAUAAACCUUCGUCCACCAAGCAAUAAUGACUCUGGUCGCGUGGCUGGCUACCUUUGCAGACCCGUUGUUACGAGUUUAUGA